UUAGCAGACGACAAACCAUGAAAAAAUUAAAUUUUUAACUAGUUUUUCAAUGAUGGACUUUUGUUAUGAUAAAUUAUGAUUUCUCCAGUUAUUAUUCCCAUGCUCCGUUUUUGUUUAAUAAUAAUCAUAGUUUCUUUACAAUGUUCAGCAGAGAACCAAUAUGAACAGAAUCAUAAAGACUGGAAAUAUUCGAAUGUUCCACUCGCAAAACUUCGAGGACGUAGAGAGGGAAUGUCACUUUCCAAAUUGAAAAGCCUCAAUGACGACGAUAUAGCUAAUUAUUACAGUACAAUUUUCAAUCGGGAGCCUAGUCCUGAGAAAUCAUAUUUGUCACAAAUACUGCAUCAAGCAGGCAGCUUGAAUCUUCUGGAAUCUGAUAAGAAAAGGAUUGAAUCAAGUUCUGAGAGGUCACAUAUUUCAUCAGAUUCUAGUUCAAUAAAGACACAAAUUGACUUGGUUACAAACCUUUUCCUUAACAAAACUCAUACUGAACUUGUACAAUCCACUUCACUACAAACUCCACAUGAGAAUACAACUUCAAAUGAAAUCUUGGGAAAAUUGAGUAAUGGGUCAUCACUCCCAAUAUACCUCGGUCUGUUCACUGACGAAUCUUCCAAAUCCCCAGUAACUCCACUUUCAUCAACAGAUAGGAAACCUACUGAGACUUCCAAGCGAACAACAGAAUACUUCAACAAUCCUGUGAGAAGCCCAUUUCUAUCGACUUCGGAAACACCAAGGAAUAUUUUUCUCAUGAGUUCUACAAGCAAUAAUAGUUUGAUCAACAAAAACUAUGCACCUAUUCUUCUACUGAUGGCUCAUAAAUUUGACGAAAUUGAACAAAAUUUGCAAACAUUUAAAGCAAACCAAUUAUUUUUGGCCCACAAAGUGAAAAAAAUCUACGAUAAACUAGAAUCGAAGGAUAGUGAUACAGUGCAGAUCAUCAGACCUAAUAUUAACAAGAUAAUAGAGCAGCUGAUCAAUGUUGGAACUGAAAUGCCAGCAAGCUCUUACGAAGCUUUAAGCAAUUUGACAAAUUCUUGGAAUAGGGCUUGAGAUCUAUUCCAUUUUUCUACGUUGAACUGAUGUGACAUUGAACGCUGUCAGAGAGAACUGUUGAUAAUCUCUAGUUUUGGAACAGCUCUUCCGAUAAGAUAAAAUAAUCCUACAUUGCAAGCAGAAUGAAAAGCACAAGAUUUGAUAUUGUCUUUUUCUUAUAACUUGGCAUUCAUAUCUAUGAACUUAUAACCUCAUAUUAUGAAUAACCACAUUAAUAACCAUCAUAUCGAUUCAUGAACUUGAGCAUGGAAUUUUAUUUGAAUUAAGUAGUCGGUUGCCGAAUUUAUGAACAUUGCAUGCGUGAAUGGAGGAUACUUACUUUGUUA